AUGUAUUACAACUAUAAGAAAUACUUCUCUAUCGUAUUGCAAGGAGUGGUAGCAGCAGACUACAGGUUCAUUUGUAUCGAUGUUGGAGCCUAUGGAAAGCAGAGCGAUAGUGGUAUCUUUGGAUAUUCUAACUUAGCCAAACAGCUUGAACGUGGGGCCCUUAAAGUGAAUUGCGAGACAGAACUACCUGGUACUGAAUUACCAGUACCCUAUGUUCUAGUUGGGGAUGAGGAGUAUCCCUUGAAAACAUUUUUGAUGCGCCCUUACCCUCAAAGGAGGCUAGGAUCUGAAGAAGAAAUUUUUAAUAAGCGUUUGGCACAUGCAAGACAAGUGGUAGAGUGUGCUUUCGGCAUAGUGAGUAAUAAGUGGCGAAUACUUCUGAAAGCAUUGGAAGUUACUCCCGAGCGAGCAGAACAGAUUGUAAAAUGCAUUUGCUUAUUACACAAUAUAAUAAUAGACAAAGAAGGAAUGACAGAUUUACGACCUACUACAGUUGAACCAAGUAACCCUCACUUAAAUAGAUUUGCUACCAGAGGUGAAAAUAGAAGUACUGCUAGGGCCUGUGAUGUAAGAGACACUUUCAAAAUGUAUUUUGUAAACAAUCCUUGA